AUGGUACUUUACUCAAUAACGUAUAUACUACUUCUACUAAGCCCAGCCCUGUCAAGGCACUUGCCCCGAUACGCAGACAUGGAUGAAGAUGAACAGCAGUUGUACCGGGCUGCCUAUGAAACGCCGUCGUACGACAGUGAUGAGUACCAAGAGGAUGGUGACGCCUCGAUGGGCAAACUGGAUUUGCUCAAAGACGCAUUGUGGGCUAUCAAAGCUAAGGUCAAGGAGCUCAAAGUUUUCAACAAAGCUUUAGCGGCCAAUUUAUUGUCUACGAAGCUCAAGCUUAAGGAACUGAUUGCGAGUGGCUUGCUUUUAAAGAAACAUGUGCACGGGGAAGUCGCAGAAAAGAAAAAACCUACCUACAACUAUCAGCCGCCUUCGUAUCCGCAGUAUGACCCCUACGCAGCACCUCAAUACGGGCAUGAUCCUUACUACGGGCAUUGA